AUGGAUUUGAAAUUAAUUAAAAUUUGGAUUUUAUGGUUUUUCGUUGCACUUGGUUUUAUGCAUCAUUCGAAAACACGAAUGAUAUGUUAUGUCAUAUUUAUAUUAUUUUUAUAUAGUUUAAUUAUUUUAUUUGGUUUGGGAGAGCGUUUAUUAUUUGUAACAUCUGUUAAUCUACAGAAGCUUCUAGGAAAUGAUAAAGUUGUUCUUAAACCAUGGACACCAAAAUGGCAAGAAGAAUUUGAAAAUGAAAAAUCUCGUUUAAAUAAAAUAAUUUUAUCAAAAUGGAAACAUAUUUUUCAUAAAGAACUUUCACCAGAUGGUCUUGUUCAUAUUGGUUCAACUUCGAUUGAAAAAAUUGCAUUAGCUAAACCAAUGCAUGAUGUAGCAAUUGCAAUAACAACAAAAUAUCUUCCUAUAAAUUAA